GGCAUAUCAAAUUACAAACAUCUGGGAGAGCUCUAAAACAGCAUACUAAAAGAUCAUUCAUAUCAUCAUUGUCAUCAACAUUAAAACUCUCAGAUUUUGUUUUCUUUUUUUCUUUGAACUUAGUUUAAUAAUGUCUGGACGAGGGAAAGUGAAACCGGAGCCGAUGAAAGUUGUGUUUAUUAACACACAGUACGUUGAGACAGAUGCACGUAGCUUCAAGAAUGUUGUUCAAGAACUCACCGGUAAGGAUGCUAUCGUGGCCGCCGGUCCUUUCGAGUCGCACUCCGGUUACGAUGGAGGUAGUAAAAGUGGCCAAGAUACAAGACGGCUCUGUGGUGGCGGUGGAAGAGGAGGAGUAGAGACGACGACGGAGUUUGAUAGAUUUUUCAAGGAGAUGCCUGCCAUGGAAGAAUUCUAUAAGCUAUGGUCAGAAACUUGAGUCGUUAAAUUGAAUUUCUAUGUUAAUGUUGUCUUUUCUAUUUAUUUGUUGACAGCGAUUUAAUCUUCCUUUUCUCCUAAAAAAAUCAAACCUCUUGCUUUCAUUUUCUAAGAUAAUUUUGUGACUAAUUGAGUAAUAAUCUCCUUAAUUGGACCGUCACUCUGAGAUUAGGCCCAUGUCUCCUAAUUUUGAACAGGCUUAAAGCUUGUGUGUGUUGUUUGAUGGCCUAUAAGCCCAAAGAGUUGUUUUUGUUAAUGUGCUGAAAUGGAAUUUCCACAAUACUUAUACAAACUAUUAUAUUAGUAU